AAGCCAAAGGUAGUAGCAUAUCGCGCUUGCAACGAGGCUACAAAGCGGAUACUCGUCGACUGAUGACAGGGGUUCAGUAUUUACAGGCUAACAGAGAAUGAAGAUGAAAGAGCUGUGAACUAGAAAGAGUGUGGACUGUUUGGAUUGUGAAUUUGUAUACAGCACAGAAACCUGUUGUCAUCAGUAGAGAACUCGAAGAUUUGACUACCCAUCUGUACGUUAGGUUAAGAACUGUCAUUUAUCAUAAAAGACACGCACUUGCUGCCGAAUACUACUUUUAAGACUGAGUCAGAGACGUUAUUUUCGGCUUCAAGAGUGUACAUAAAAACAACCCAGGCUAAAAAUGGCGUACCGACAACAUCAACAGCCAAACCAGUGUCCCAGCAAGGGCAACUUUCAGGAUCGUUUCAAGCAGAUGUCGGCACAAGAGAGGCUAAUCGAGCAAAAGAAAAAGGAACUGGAGCAGAAAGCUCUAGAAGAUAAACGAAAACAGCAGGAAGAUGCCCUAAAGAAACUACAAGGAAAGCAGAAAAAAGAAGAAUCCAAUCCCGUGGGCAACAGAGGAAAACAUUUCGGCAAAAUGUUCGGCAGAAGGCCUGGCUUUCAAAAACGAGAUCGAAAAGAAGAACCUGAAAAGACCAAACAAGCUUCAAAUUCUAACAUAUUUUCCAAUGAUGGCAGCUUCUUAGAACAAUUCCAGAAAUUAAGUGGUAUGAAAGUUAAAAAGAAGAAAAUGGAUGAAGAUGUAAAUGUAUCAGAUGUUUCUGUCACUCACUAUCAGCAAGAACAGCAACAACAGGAAAAACAAACUCCCCAAAAUGACCAGAAACAGACAGCUGUAGUCCAGAGCCCAGUGCCUGUAAACAUGCCUGCACACAUACCAUCACCGCUCAUGUCAACCCAUCAACAGCAGCCGAGGCCACAGAUCACUGUACAAAGUAUUGGUAGGAUAGGACCCGCUGCUGACCCUCAGCCAGCUGGCCCUGGUUUACCCUCACCUCCACCUCCAGCCACAAUACAUGUUGGUACCAUUCCUGUGCCACCUCCAGUAACAUCCCAGUCUGUCCAACAACCUGUCUACCCACAACAACAAGAACACACAGCAAAUCAGAGGCAUGUGAACUUUCCUGACUUGGGUCACCCUCCUCCCCAAACUGUGGAGAUCCCUAAUCAACCGAGGUUGGGCGCACCUCCUCUUGCACUUCAUCUGGGUCAGCAUCAAGGGCCUCCGCCUAAACCUGUAGUGCCCACAUCUCACAUUCCUUCUCAUGGAGGGAUUGCUGUGCCUGGAGGCCAACCCCCUGCUCCCCAUUUACCACCCCCUUCAGGUUUAAUGAACCCCCACGUCCCCACACCACCACAUGUAGGGGAAGUCUCAGCAAGGUCAUUACCACCCCCUGGUAUGGCUGUGUCCAGUGGUCAAGUUUUGGGGUUACCUGUGGGUCCACCACCACCUCCUUCAACCAGUGUGUUUUCUCAAGUAUCAAUUCCAUCUAGUUUAGCAACAUCAGUUCCUCCAGGUUUUUCAACUUCAGCUCCUGGUAUGAUGACUUCAUUUCCCCCAGGUGCGGCAACAUCAGCCCCACUUGGCUUCACAAAUUCUGCCCCGCCUGGUUUUAUGACAUCAGGCCCACCUCCGUUACACAUGGCUGCACCCCAGCCUCUCAUUGCUGGUCAAAACACAUGGCAAUUUACACCUAAAACUGAACAUCCACUAACACAACAGCAACCCCACAUGAAAACUGAAGUGUUUGAAUAUGGACAUGAGAGGAAAAACCACUCAGUUGAAAGUCAGAAUGUGUUUAAUUACAACCAUGGACAGUUACCAAGUGAGGGUUUCAGCAACCAGGGUGGAGGAAUGAUGAAAAAUUUGGGGCAACCUUUGUCCAAUUCACAGGCAUACUCAGGAGAAUAUGGGCCUCCCACUGGACAGGGAAUGCCCAGUGAAUAUGGGCAGCCACAAUUGCCAGUUAUGCAAGAACCUCAGCAGCACAUACCACCAGAGCAGGUGUAUGAUCCUACAAGUCCUACUGAGGGAACAGAAUCCAGCCCUGAUGAAAAGCAGCAGAAAAAGCUUCCCUUAAUUGGAAAGAAGGUCACUCCCACUUCCAUCUCAAGCAUGUUGUUCCAAAUGAAGAAAGCCAGCACAACUAACAAGCCAAACAGCAAUGUAGCCAAUGUGUUUGAGACCUCAACAGUAGAAAAGCAGAAGGAUACUGUUUCUCCUCCAGAGAACCCACAGCUGAGAAACUUUAUUGAUAACUUUGCCAAGUAUGUGGCUGAUGGAGGGCCAGUAGUAGAGGAAGUGGCCUUCAAGAACAACAGGGAAAACCCAGCAUUUGCGUUCCUUUAUGAAGAAAAUAGUCCAGCCCACAUUUAUUACAAACAGAAAGUUGAGUCACUGAAGGCUGGCAAAGACAGUAAGAAAGUGCAAGGUACAGAUGUAGGAGAUGGGGAACCUGAUAGAAAAAAGAAAAGGAAGAGCAGGUGGGGACCUCAGGAAGAGGAGAGUUCUAUACCACCUCCAGGAGUGGCCUCUCUACCAGAUCCUCAGGGUGCGGCACCCUUUCCAGGCGGCAAUAUAGGAGCUCCAGGAGUAGCAACAGCACUCAGUCUUGGAGGAACAGUCACUAUAAGCCACCACUGUUUGCGGCCUCCUGUUCCAUUCAACCCUGCUUUGCUGGCCAAACAGAUGACAGGCGGAGAGCACAUGAAUGCAGAUCAAAUUAAACAACUUCAGCAACAAAAAGAGUUGCAACUGAUGUAUGAUAUGAUCAAUGCCAGACAGAAGGCAAUGGAGGCUGCAGCAGUUUCUGGCAUACAGGGAUCUAAUUACUCUAAAGCCAAGCAGCAAUAUGAAUAUGACUCAGAUGAAGAAGUGGACGAGGAGGGGACAUGGGAACACAAGAAGAGAAAACAAGAGAUGCAGGCUACUAAAGACUGGGCUGAGAAGUUAACGGAGAUGAGUCGUGGCAAGCAUCAUAUUGGAGAUUUUUUACCACCUGAGGAACUAGAAAAAUUCAUGGAAACUUUCAAUGCAUUGAAAGAAGGAAGAGAGCCAGAUUUGUCUGACUACAAAGACUUCAAGCUAAAUUGUGAAAAUGUCGGAUUUAAAAUGCUGCAAAAAAUGGGUUGGAAAGAAGGGGAAGGUCUCGGUUCUGAAUCUCAGGGAAUAACUGCACCUGUCAACAAGGGCAAUACCUCCCUAGAUGGAAGAGGACUUGGUAUGGAGAGACCAGCAAAUCUGGCCAAAGAUGAUGAUGAGUUUGAAGCAUAUAGAAAGCGUAUGAUGCUGGCUUACAGAUUUAGACCAAAUCCACUGAAUAACCCAAGAAGACCAUAUUAUUGAAAAGACCACAAAAAUAUGGAAAUGGUGUAACAGCUAUUAUUCAGCUUUUAUGACUUGUGACAACAAGGUUUCAAACUUAGCUUUAAUGAUCAAACAUCUUAGAGGUGAUUCAUUUUCUUUGUUGAAUUUUCAUUUGGUGAAAUUGAGCAAUUUGUGGUAAAAAAAAAGCAUGUGUGAAACUGCCAAAUAAAGGUUAGUGCAUGUAUACCUAUAUCUGUAUAAGAAGUAAGUUGUAUGACAUCUAAUAUCUACUGUUUGGGGGUUUGUCUUUGAUAUUACUCAAAGGUGUAACAACAGUCUAAAUAUAAGAGAUCAUGUAAAUUUGAAGAUUUUAAGGCAAAAAUAAAUGCAGUUAUUGUACUUUUUGUUCCUUGUAAGAAUCCAUGGUUUCAUUUAUUAUUUUAAGAAUAUGUCUUAAUGAAAAAUUAUAAUGAUUUUUCAUAAUACCAUUAAAAGCAUAGGGAGAAAUUAGUGGUCCUGAAUAAAUGAUAAAACUAGUUGAUAAAACUAGUUGUAAACAUAUGGGUGUAAAAAUCCUGCCAUAUAAUAAUUGUUAUAUAUUGUGUAUCAUUUAGAAAUCUGUUAACUCCCUAUCAAAUUCAAUACUUUUAAAAAACUCUUAAAAUAUGUAGACCCUUUCCUGUAAGGAUUUUGAAGAUAAGUACAGUGUUAAACAUUUAGUAAUAACUUCUGUUCAUCAUGUAAAUUUAUGUUCCUUUGAAACUGUAUGUAAAAGUAAUACACAAUUUUAUGUUUAUUUUUCAGUUUGGUAUUAAAUGGUGUAUGAAAGAUGUUAAAUAAAAGUGCUUUCUCUCAA